UAGCUGUCUCAUCUGCUAGGAAGUGGAUUCCGAGAUGUCAGUUGUAUAGCCGAGUAGAUUCAUGGCGAUUUACGCCCAUGGAAAGCUUGGAGAGCUCUAGAAAGAACGUUCUGGCACGUUAAACUAUGUUUAGAUAGAUAUAUAAAUAUAUAGCGAAAUCCUCAUGGAAAACUCAGUUACAGAUUCACAAGGGAAGAGGAAACGUCCGGACACGUUUUAGCAAACAACGAUUUGACCUCAUCACUGUGACCUGUCCCUACACAAAUUUACUACUUUGGACGAAGAAGAUAUUUGUUUGUUUUGAUCAUCGAAACAUUUAAAACUUGCAAUCAUGAGCGCCCACGAGUCGGAUGUGUACACCCUCGCCCCAGAGAUGCCUGCCAUGUUUGAUGGCGUGAAGCUGGCAGCUGUUGCCACGGUGCUCUACGUCAUUGUCCGCUGCCUGAAUCUAAAGAGUCCCACCGCGCCCCCUGACGUCACCUAUCAGGAUACAGCCCUCAACCGCUUCCUCCUCAAGUCCUGCCCCCUGCUGACCAAAGAAUACAUUCCUCCCUUGCUGUGGGGUAAGAGUGGUCACCUCCAGACAGCCCUGUAUGGGAAGAUGGGCCGUGUAAAUUCCCCACACCCCUGUGGACAGAGGAAGUACCUACCCAUGCAAGACGGGGCCACCUCGACCUUUGACCUGUUUGAGUCUCUGGGGGACCAUCCGACAGGAGACGACAUCACCAUGGUGAUAUGCCCGGGCAUCGGUAACCAUAGCGAGAAGCACUACAUCCGUACCUUCGUAGGCCACUCUCAGAAGCAAGGCUACAGGUGUGCCGUGCUCAACCACCUGGGAGCCCUGCCCAACAUCGAGCUGACCUCCCCUCGCAUGUUCACCUACGGGUGCACGUGGGAGUUUGCCGCCAUGGUGGGCUACAUCAAGAAGGCGUACCCCCAGACCCAGCUGAUUGUGGUGGGCUUCAGCCUGGGGGGCAACAUCGUGUGCAAGUUCCUAGGGGAGAGCCAGGCCAACCAGGAGAGGGUCCUGUGCUGCGUCAGCAUGUGCCAGGGAUACAGCGCUCUCAGGGCCCAGGAGACGUUUCUGCAGUGGGACCAGUGCAGGAGAUUCUAUAACUUCCUCAUGGCCGACAACAUGAAGAAGAUUAUCCUCUCACACAGGGGGAGCUUGUUCGGAAGCUCGACCAAAAUGGAGGACGGCGAUCUGAGCAGAUUGUUCACGGCCACGUCCCUCAUGCAGAUCGAUGACAACAUCAUGAGGAAGUUCCACGGACACAGCUCCCUGAAAGAGUACUACGAGAAGGAGAGCUGUGUGCAUUUUAUUCACAAUGUUAACGUGCCACUGUUGCUGGUGAAUUCUGCAGACGACCCCCUGGUGCAUGAGUCACUGCUUACCAUUCCUCGCACACUAGCAGAGAAAAAGGAGAAUGUGAUGUUUUCCCUGACACUACACGGGGGCCACCUGGGCUUCUUUGAGGGGGCGGUCCUCUUCCCCCAGCCGCUCACCUGGAUGGACAAGGUCAUCGUGAGUUACGCCAAUGCCAUCUGCCAGUGGGAGAAACAGAAACCACCGUGCCAAAGCGGGCUCCUAAAUGAGAGCCCCUGCCCAGAGAAGAAAGAUUAACUGCUCACCCCUUUCUUUCUCUCUCUCUUUCUUUCUCCCUGCACCACAGGCACCACAGGUCUCUCCUGUGGUGCACUGGGCAACUCUCACGUCCUCUUCUGUCACACGUCUCUCCUGUACCCCCCCCCCCCACACACACACACACCCCCACCCCGACCUGUAAGGGAACUAACGACUAACUGCCUUUUGAGCUUAUUUCUGUUGUUUGGGAUCUGACAAGACUCACAGUUGAUUGACCGAUGUGUACACGACCAACGGAGAUCCCCCGACAGAGAAACCCAGACUCAGCCUGGCAGACCCAACAUGACAAAGAAGGUGAAGCCCACUGGCAUCCAACACAGUCUGAGACUACGCUGGAGAGCACCUUUUGUAGACGUGCAGUGCACCAGAUCUAUGCUGCAGUCCAGCCCAGUCACUGCACAUCUACAGAGCUCAAUGCUUAAACACCGCCAAGGCUUAAAGCUAGGUUGCUGUCUUAACCAAUACAGCCUCUCUACAAUGUAUGUUACUCACAUACUGUAUUACCAAGUCAGCUCAGUUGGGGUGUGUGUGUGUUGUUAUCAUGUGAGUUCUGUUGAUCUGAUUCUAUUCAUUAUGUGUCUCCCAAAUGUUUGUGUGUGUGUGUGUGUGUGUGUGUGGGGGGGGGGGGUGCACAGUUAUAUACACUCUUUUUUUUAAAGGGAACAGUUAUUUAUACAGGAACAUCCAGAGUAAUUUCCAGAUCUUUAGCCCCUUGUGAUACGAGUGAUUCAAGUUUUCCACCUCUGGUAAUAGAGAGAAGCAAUGGGUGUCUUCAUCCCAGAGAUCAGUCCAUGCACAUUCUCACUGUCUCGUGGUUCUCUACUUUAAUUCAAUGCACUUUAUACAUUGUUUGCCAAAAGUUUUUUUUAUUUUUAAAACCUUAUUUUUGUUUGUCAUAGUUUAGGUUUGUCAAGUGUACAAAGUUCAUCGGGUGUAAGUUGACUUUGUUUUCUUGAAUGAAUAUAGAGGAUGAACAGGAGGGAGAGAGGUCCAUAACUCCUCAUGUUAUGAUGACUGAUGAUCCCCCAUAUUCAGAUUCAGUCCUGUGGUUUCCCCUGUCUGCUGUCUACCCAGUCACCCUACCCUGUCACCCCUCUACCCUGUCACCAUACCCUGUCACCCCUCUACCCUGUCACCAUACCCUGUCACCCCUCUACCCUGUCACCCCUCUACCCUGUCACCCCUCUACCCUGUCACCCCUCUACCCUGUCACCCCUCUACCCUGUCACCA